AUGCCCAGAAAACCCACACCUGCGGCCAAGCAGCGGGUUCGAACUGGUUGCCUGAUCUGCCGGAAAAAAAGAAGAAAAUGUGAUGAGCAGAAGCCAAGCUGUGCUAACUGCGAGGUUAAAGGCCUCCGGUGUAAAUAUAGCUCUGAUUUGGCGUUUGUCCCGCAGCGCGAGGGAGCUAUUUCCAGUGCGUCGAGACAAGGGUAUCCCAAUAUUACAUUUGUCGAUGACUCGCCCCUUGCAGCAGUAAAUAAAGAGAAACCAAAGGCCCCGCAGCAACUUGCAGAUGAUUCCCAGAGCGAUGGAAAUACUGGUUUCUCUUUAGACGAAUUGCAAUGUUCAGCUGAUGGCCCAGACGAUACCGGGGAUGCACGUCGUCCAUUUGACUUCCAAAACAUACUGUCAUCGACAGUCCCCAGUGUUGACUUCUCUGAGUCUCCAAUCCGCUAUACCAGUGAACAGAGUGCGCCGGGUACUCGAUACAUGAACAGUGCUCCAUAUUUUGGAUACAGAUCUGUCACCAGGAAUAGAACAGCCGAAGGACGGGUAGCCCUUGCAAGUGGCAGUCAUGAGACUGACUUGCUUCGACAUUUCCGUUACCAUGUUGGUCCUUGGAUCGAUACUGGGGACCCUGAGCUCCCAUUUGGACUGCAGGUCCUUCUGCUCUCGCGAACUAACAGAGCUCUACAAGCCGCGGUCCUUGCGCUGGCUGCAGGUCAACGGCUUAUCGUGGCAACCCCGAAUAGCAAGGACCUUGAAAGUAGCCAGCAGUUCCGAAAGGAAGCGGAAGAGAGUCUAGCGCUUGAAUAUGAUCUAGCUAGAUAUGCUGGCCAUACCCUCUUGAUGCUUCAAGAUGCGCUGCCUGCUGGACCGCAACAGUGGAGAAGCCUAUUAGUUGACAGGAUAGAGCAUAUCAGUGACUUUGCGUCACGGGCAGUAGGAGAAGAGGUUGGGGAUGCUUUGCUGUGGCUUUACUUUCGACUCGAUCUCGCAGGCUCAAUAUCCUCUUCAAAACCGCCGCUUAUGCCCUUUCCAUCAUUAUUACGACGAGAUGGCACCUUCUUACACCAUCAACAAUCCAUGCGCCCUCAGACCGUCAAUUCCGUGUACAAGCACAUACUGUGUCUUUUGGGACACUGCUUAACCAUAAUACACGGUGAUCGAGAAAUUCCUUCUCCCCAUACAGCCACAUCACCAAACCUGACAGCAUUACCAUCUUUACGACAAUCGCACUCCUUAUCACAAUGGACUUUCCUCUGGUCAGACUGCCAGAAAUGGUACAACGAGCGACCAGUAAACGUGCAACAGAUCGUGGACAUCCGCGGAGGCGAAGCCGAUCAAAUUGACCCUGACCACGACUCCUCAUUUCCUAUCCUCAUCUACACGACGCCAAUGGCGCUGGUCGCCAACGCUGUCUACCAUAUGAUUUCUCUCUUAUUGCUUACGCAUAAACCGCGACUGUUGAAAUCAUUGCCCGGACCAAGGUCCGUCACCUCGCAUAUCUGGCAUGCCCAGUCAAUCGCCGGGAUCGCGGCAAGCAAUGACUCCCCCGAACAAUGGGAUCCAAUAUUGGUUGCAAGUCUUCUCACUAUUGCGAAAGAGAUGACACACAAAUCCCAACAGGCCGUUCUACUAGAACGUUUUUCCAGGAUCACAGCCACAACGGGGAUCAAGCUUGACCGAGAAACUAAUGCGCUUCAAGCGGCGUGGAACCUGGCGCGAUACGAGGAGGAAUUUGACGAUGAACCUGACUCUAUGAUUUCAUAA